GCGAGAGAGAGGCGCGUCACUGAUGGGUAUUUUCUCAUCUUCCCGUCGCCUGCUCAACCAAUUAAUGAUCCGUUACCACCCAUUACCGACUACCGCUGGAUGUUCUGCUCGUGAUGACCUUGUACCUCUCUGACGCUUAAAACAUUCUCAAUAUUGUAUUUUCCGUCCGACCGUUUUAGCCUGCCUGUCUGGAGUCUGUAGUCUGUCUCCAUCUCCAUGGCUACCUCGAAUGUGCUGGAGGAGUCCUGCCUGCUGCGGAGAGGCAGAUCUCACAGCGACCCGAGCAGCAUCAUCACGGAACCUCGAGUCGCCGGAGCUACCGGAGCAGUGAUGGAGCAGCAGCAGGGGGCGGGUUCUCCAGGGGGUGUGGUCUCAGGGGUGCGAACCCCUCCAAUCAGGAUGAACAGUAAACUGGCCAGUCUGGGAAGGAUCUUUAAACCCUGGAAGUGGAGGAAAAAGAAGCAGCAGAACUCCUCAGCUGUAGAGCGGAAGGCAGCGGCACCACAGACCCAACUGGUUAGGACUGAGCCAGAGUGUUGUGAGGAGUGUGGGGGGAUAGAGGACCCUGACACUCCCAGCCAAUCAGAUGCAGAGGUGGAGGAGCCUCUGGCUCCCCUGGCAACCACCUCAGAGGACCUGGUCAGCGACGACGACAACCCCUCUACAGUGGUGGACCUGACAGAGGACACUGUGACAGUAGCCGUCCCGGCCCAGAGGGAGGAGAGAGGAGAGGAGGACAUGUCCCUCUCUGAGCCCUGUGAGGACAGCUCUCUGGUACAGGCUGAGACAGGAAGGGGACAGGAGACACCUCAUCCCAUGGUCCCCCCACCCUGCCGGGACGGCACCCCGCCACCCCCCAACCUGCCCAAACUACUGACCAGGCUGGGCAGUCUAGAGGGUCCUCACCCUUUCCCUAAGUCGGGUGCUAACCAAGAGAGGAAGAAGUCUCCAGCCACUCUACCCAGAACCUUCACUCUGCCCAGGACGUCCCAGGAUUCCUUGCUGAGAGGACGGAUGACCACGCCUACUGGCUCCCCCCACCUGGGGCUGCUGCACCCCCCACCGCCCCCCAGCUGCAUCAUAGAGGAGCUACACCGGGCCCUGGCCACCAAACACAGACAGGACAGUUUCCAACCAAAGGAGAUACACUCUUCUCCGAAGCGUCGGUCCGACGGUCAUCUGUUGCAUACAGCCAGCGUGGAGAAAGCGCUGUCCGGAGGUCUGGAGAGAGAGAAGGAGAGAGAGAAGGAGAGAGAGAAGGAGUCAGAUGAGAACAAGGAGAACAGACGUCUAGACGACCCUGACUGCUGGAACGACUCCAUCAUCUCUGGCACCCUGCCGCGGCGGAUGCGUAAGGAGUUGUUAACGGUGAAGCUUCGGAACCGGCCCAGUCAGCAGGAGCUGGAGGACAGAAACAUCUUCCCUGUUCGCUCAGACCUGGAGAGACAGGAGAUACGACAACACAUAGAGAACAAGCUGGCCAAGCGGCUGAGCCAGAGACCCCCGGUGGAGGAGCUGGAGAGUCGGAACAUCCUCAAACAGAGGAACGACCAGUCAGAGCAGGAGGAGAGGAGAGAGAUCAAACAGAGACUCAACAGGAAGUUGAACCAGCGUCCUACAGUAGAUGAGUUGAGGGAAAGGAAGAUACUGAUUCGUUUCAGUGACUAUGUUGAGGUGGCCAAGGCUCAGGACUACGACCGCAGGGCAGACAAACCCUGGACCAGGCUGUCUGCUUCAGACAAGGCAGCAAUACGGAAGGAGCUGAAUGAGUUCAAGAGUAAUGAGAUGGAGGUUCACAAUUCCAGCAAGCACCUGACAAGGUUCCAUCGGCCGUAGUGUAGCAGUGUAAUCGUCUGCAGAAGCUGGGUGGUCCAGUUGUCAGUGAAGACCAUGUGACAGUGUUCCCAGGCCCCUACCCACGGCCCCAGUCUGUCCUGUCUUGAUAUGUGGGCUAGUUCCCGGAUGUUCGACCUACAGAUAUCUGUCUGUCUUUUUACCAUCUUGGAGGCUGUCUGUCUCUCUGUGUGUCACCAUGGAGGAGCUGUCUAUAGAGCUGGAGCCCAGGAAAGAUGACAGGAAUGGAGCCCAGGAAAGAUGACAGGAAUGGAGCCCAGGAAAGAUGACAGGAAUGGAGCCCAGGAAAGAUGACAGGAAUGGAGCCCAGGAAAGAUGACAGGAAUGGAGCCCAGGAAAGAUGACAGGAAUGGAGCCCAGGAAAGAUGACAGGAAUGGAGCACAGGAAAGAUGACAGGAAUGGAGCCCAGGAAACAUCAGACUGAUAUACUCUUAAAGGAACUAUCAAAACGUCUCUGGUCGCUGUCUCCUAGACGUCAUCCAAUGAGAAAAAGAUGAAUGAAAAAGAUGACAGCACUUGUUAGUUCAGAAGUUGUUUCUCUCGAUUCACUCCAUACCAGCAGUCUAAAAGAAUCAGAAAACUUUAUUGCCAUGCAACAAAUGUUGCUAAGAAUUUAUCUUGGUGUUGAAGGUUAAAAAGCAUCAUAAGAAGAAGGAUGUACAUCCUUGAGACUGCUGCUGUGGAAUAAACUGAAAUAAAUAAUGUUGACUGUGAGUGCUGGGGGUCUGGGGGUCUGGUUUCAUAGUGGAGUUGGAUCUUUGGAUCAGCCACAGGAGGAACUAUGAGGAGCCUCCAACCUAGCAUGGAGGAACCAGCCCGAUCGAUGCCUUCACCAUUCUGUUUCACUUCACGCACCAGGUCUCGCAUUCCUCCUCAUUGGAACAGUUUGAGCCUAUGUCUGUAGCCAGAGGCAGUAUUCAAAAUGUACUUAUCACCUUCAACCAAUCAGAAGAUGUCAGUCCAAUGUUUCUGAGAGGAAUCUGAUUGGACCAGCCAUUUUCAGAAUGGUGAAGGCAGCGAUCAGGCUGGUUCCUCCAUGCUACCUCCUCCAACCUGCUCAGAGGAAACAUCACAUCUCAUUCAGAGGACCAUCUGAACAUUUUCCUCAACAUCUUGUUUCUACAUGUUAGAGGACGGAGGAGACACCUUGGAAUGCAUCCCAAAUGGCACCUUAUUCCUUAUUUUAUAACAGACUCUUUGAAAGCUGAAAGCUUCCCUGUUCCUAUCCUGAAACGUUAGUAGAAGGGUGCAAAAUUCCCGUAACUUUCCCAAAAUUCAGAGGUUUUCCAGAAAAUCCCGGUUGGACGAUUUCAGGAUUUCAUGCUUAAUUUAUUCCCUCCUGAUACCAGGAAUCUCUAACCAGGAUUUCUGGAAAACCUGGGGAUUUUGGGAAAGUGACAGGAUUUUGCGACCCUAAACGCUAGUCUCCCCUCCAGCACCCAGGCAUCUCUCUCUAUAGGCAGGCAGUGUUAUUAUUAUUAAUGUUGUUGGUAAGAGGAAACCAUGUCUGUCUAAAGCAGGGGUAUCAAACUCAUUCCACGGAGGGCCGAGUGUCUGCGGGAUCUCAUUCCACGGAGGGCCGAGUGUCUGCG